AUGUUUCAAUUUCUUGUUCUCGUUAAUUCUCACAUUGUCUCAUCUAUCUAUUUCUAUUUAUCUUUUCCAAUUACGUUCUUUCUUUCAUUCUACCUCUUCUGUGAUUCUUCUGUGUUCGUGCGUACUUCUCUAUCUCUUAUUGGCUUUCUUCUCUUUCCAAAUGUUAAAGUUUUAGUCGACCCUCUCUUUUAUUUAACUUUUCUUAUUCUCUUCUAUCCUAUUUACAAUCCCCCCCACUUCUUCUCGUUUUUUUUCCUUUUCUCCUUUCUACUUGCCCUCCCGAUUAUUUGUCACUUUCAGUUAUUCCUAUUUAACAAUCACCUUCCUUCUCACUUCACUCGCUUUUACAUCCUUCUUUCUUUCUUUUCUUUUUCAUUCUCCUUCUUAUUUCUUCGUCUAUCCCACUUCGCCCAUCCAUCAAAUAUUCUCAUUUAUUCACACGUCAGCCAAGCGGCAGCUCUUUCCCUUCAUCUUUCUCUCUUUUCCUUCAGCAUUUCCCCGCUUCUCUUAUACCUUAAUAUAAUCUAUGUACAAUCUAAAUUAGAUAUCACAGAAUCAAUACUCUCUCUCUCUCUCUCUCUCUCUCUCUCUCUCUCUCUCGCUGGCCUUCGCUAG